GGGAGCGCGCAUCCAGUCUCUGGCAGUCAGUCGACCAUAGAGGGUGUGCGAACGGUCUUAUAACGUUUGCGGUCUUAUAACCGUGUUUUCACCGUCUUGAAGUCGCUCGACAUCCGAGGUCAACAUGCGCGAGAUCGUGCACCUGCAAGCCGGACAGUGCGGCAACCAGAUCGGAGCGAAGUUCUGGGAGGUGAUCAGCGAUGAACACGGGAUCGACCCGACAGGCACCUAUCAUGGAGACAGUGACCUGCAGCUGGACCGCAUCAGUGUUUACUACAAUGAGGCUUCUGGGGGGAAGUAUGUGCCACGAGCCAUUCUUGUGGAUCUAGAACCCGGAACCAUGGACUCUGUCCGCUCGGGUCCUUUCGGACAGAUAUUCAGACCCGACAACUUUGUCUUUGGUCAGAGCGGAGCGGGUAAUAACUGGGCUAAAGGUCAUUACACUGAAGGCGCGGAGCUGGUGGACUCCGUUCUGGAUGUGGUCCGUAAAGAGGCGGAGAGCUGCGAUUGCCUGCAGGGCUUCCAGCUCACACACUCGCUGGGAGGAGGAACGGGCUCGGGCAUGGGCACCCUCAUGAUCAGCAAGAUCCGCGAGGAGUACCCCGACCGCAUCAUGAACACCUUCAGCGUGGUGCCCUCGCCCAAAGUGUCCGACACCGUGGUGGAGCCCUACAACGCCACGCUGUCCGUCCACCAGCUGGUGGAGAACACGGACGAGACGUACUGCAUCGACAACGAAGCGCUGUACGACAUCUGCUUCCGCACGCUCAAGCUCACCACGCCCACGUACGGCGACCUCAACCACCUCGUCUCGGCCACCAUGAGCGGCGUCACCACCUGCCUGAGGUUCCCCGGGCAGCUGAACGCCGACCUCCGCAAGCUGGCCGUCAACAUGGUGCCCUUCCCCCGUCUGCACUUCUUCAUGCCCGGCUUCGCUCCUCUCACCAGCAGGGGGAGCCAGCAGUACCGCGCCCUCUCCGUCCCCGAGCUCACCCAGCAGAUGUUCGACGCCAAGAACAUGAUGGCCGCCUGCGACCCGCGUCACGGACGCUACCUGACGGUGGCUGCCGUGUUCCGCGGCCGCAUGUCCAUGAAGGAGGUGGACGAGCAGAUGCUCAACGUGCAGAACAAGAACAGCAGCUACUUUGUCGAGUGGAUCCCCAACAACGUGAAGACGGCCGUGUGCGACAUCCCGCCCCGCGGGCUCAAGAUGUCCGCCACCUUCAUCGGCAACAGCACGGCCAUCCAGGAGCUGUUCAAGCGCAUCUCCGAGCAGUUCACUGCCAUGUUCCGCCGCAAGGCUUUCCUGCACUGGUACACCGGCGAGGGCAUGGACGAGAUGGAGUUCACCGAGGCCGAGAGCAACAUGAACGACCUGGUGUCCGAGUACCAGCAGUACCAGGACGCCACUGCUGAGGAGGGAGAGUUCGAGGAGGAGGGUGAAGAGGAGGCCGCCUGAUCUCCGUCACGUUCAUCUCUUUCAUCUUCAGGUUCAUCCAUCAAUUCAUAUUGCAGGUCCAUCUUCUCACCUCGCCAUCAUCUGCGCUCUUAAUCAUCUAGAUAUUAUUUCAGCACUGUCACAUUCUCGCAUUCCUCAUCAAAAGAUUUCGGAUUCACAGAAUAAAUGCGACCAAACUGAUGCUCAAAA